AUGAAAACCACAUAGACUUUUCGUAUCAAAUCCAAAAAGACUACUACAAAAAAUAAUAAUCAAUACAAAUCACUAUAAAUGAGUCUAACAUGUUAAUCUUUAACAAAUAGAACCAAAAAAUAAUAAGAACAUUUUUAUCAGAGUUUCAUUAAAAUCCAACCAAUGCAAGUGUUAUAAUAAUAAAAUAGUAUCACUUGUAGAUAAUCUAUAUUGUCUGUUAGUGAUAGUUAAGUUAGUGCAGAUGAAGAAUUUGAGAUAUGGGAUGAUAAUUAAGAUUUAAGAGUGAAGAAAAUAAUAAUUGAUGAUAAACAGUCUUCUAUUGGUUAGUUUUUGUAACUCUACAAAGCUAGAUAUGGGUAAUAUUCUAUAUAUAUUUAAGGGGAUUUCCAGGAUAUAGAUAACAUAUUGAAAAUGAAGAUGUUAUAAAAACAGCCAUUUCUUAUGCAUCGUCAAGUAAAAAACUCUUCAAAAAAUAUUUCCCAACUAAAAAAAUUGUAUUUGAAGAUCAAAAUGAUUAUUCUUAACCUUAUAACAUAGAGGAUGACUAGCAUUUUUAAAAAUUCAAUAGAUUCUUUAGAAACAAGAAACUGUUAACCACUCUUAAGACAUCUUAAUAUAGUAUGAAGAAUACUCUAUAUACCUGA